CAACAGCAGGGGAGUGCAGAAGUAGCACUCUUGUCUCAAAGCAAAAAGGAACUUGUGGAAACAAAAGGACGGAGAUUGAUACACCUGUAAGAUAAAAGCCAAAGAAAAGAAAUCGAAGAUCACAUCCUUCAUCUCUCAAGCACAAUGUCUCGCCCUGCACACAGAAGACCAGAAUACCAUAAAAUAAACAAAGAUCUCUUUGUCCUCACCUAUGGAGCUCUGGUUGCCCAACUGUGUAAAGAUUAUGAAAAAGAUGAAGAUGUGAAUAAAUAUUUAGAUAAAAUGGGAUAUGGCAUUGGAACACGGCUGGUGGAAGAUUUUUUGGCUCGAUCUUGUGUAAGAAGAUGCCACAGUUACUCAGAAAUUACAGAUAUAAUUGCCCAGGUUGCCUUUAAGAUGUACCUGGGAAUUACACCAAGUGUGACCUGUAACAAUCCAAGCAGAACUGAAUUUUCCCUGAUCUUAGACAAGAAUCCUCUGGUGGAGUUUGUGGAAGAGCUCCCUGCCGGGCGAUCGUCUCUGUGCUACUGCAAUUUACUCUGUGGGAUUAUCAGAGGUGCCCUGGAAAUGGUUCAUUUGGCUGCUGAUGUUACAUUCUUGCAAGACACACUGAAAGGCGACCGUGUGACAGAAAUAGGAAUAACAUUUCUGAAAAAGCUAGAUGAGAAAAAAUACAGACGGAAAAAAUGAAGAAUUGCAUGCAAAACGCCACAGGGUGGCCAUUUGAGGAGUUAAUAUUAUCUAAACAUAUGUAGCCAUAGAAAUUUUGAAUUGUUUAAUAAUAGCAUGGGAUUUAAAAGGCUUCUAUAUCCAUGAGAAAUUUGAAGUGCAGGGCACUAGGAGUUAAAGCUGUUUUCUUUCUUUGUUUAUAAAUCACACAUUUUUAAUCCUAUGUCCAUAAGAUUACAUCUACAAAUAACUCUUCAUAAGAUGGGAUACAUGAAUUUCACAUAUCAUAUAGUUCAUCCUAACAGAGUCUAUUGAUUUCAUUUACUUAUGGCAAUGAAAAAAAAUCACAACCAGCUACUCAGUUAGUAUAUCUACCCAUUCUCAUUGGAAAAAUAGAUGAAAUGAUACAAUACAGAGUUCACUAUAUAGAGAUAAUUUCUAGAUACUGUAUAGAAACAGUGCCAUUUAUAGUACCUUUCCAUCUUUUUGAGAAACUAUGGAUACGAUUUCUCUCAUAUAUUGGCUUGUUAAUCACUUUAGCCUCCCAAAGUUGCUCUCUCUUGAUUUAUAAAUACCAAGGCAAGCUGUUUAUUUGGACGUUAAUUUUAAAAUAUUUUUAAAUAGCAUUUAAUUUUAAUUAACUUAAUUUUUAGAUAGUAUUAACCACAUUUCUUCCUUUUCUCAUGAAAUAUUGCCGAUGGUCAAGCCAGAAAAUCUCUAAAAUGAGAGGUCAAUAAUGUUUUUUUGAAAGUACUUUCUUACCCCAAAGCUUAUUAAGUUAGAAAUGUUGCUGUCAUUUUUAUCCCCUAAACACCUUACAAAGCAUACUUUGUGCCCAGAACAUAUUUAAAAUUCAAAAUGUACUGGACACAAUAAUCGUUACCAGACCAUCAGCAUACAGGUAGCCUAUAUGGCGGUCUGGGAUCUAGUGGGAUCUUCAGAGAACUGAAAUUACAAGUAAGCUAUAAUUAGUAUGGGCCCAUCAGUUAAAACUGGUGUAAGUGAUAUGAGAGUGGUAGACUUCAGUUGGACUUGGGAGUCUGAAGACACUAUCCCUCCAGCCUGAAGACACUAGUCUCUUUCCAGUGGAUUCAGGUGAUCCUAAUUAAUGGCUGCUCUUGGGAAAGGCACAUAGUCUCUCAGGCACACUCUCUCUCAUCUAUAAAAUGGCACGGUUGGACAUGAUACAUAUCUUAAAUUAUAUAAAUGAGUUUGAAUGGCAUCAAGAACCACUGUAGGGCCCCUGAGUGGCUCAGUCGGCUAAGCAUCUGACUCUAGAUUUCGGCUCAGGUCUCACGGUGUGUGAGUUUGAGCUGACAGCACAGGGCCUGCUUGGGAUUCUGUCUCCCUCUUUCUCUGCCACUGUCCCCCUCGCUCUCUAUCUCUCUCUCAAAAUAAAUUAAAAAAAUAACAAUAAGCUUAAAGAAAGAAAUAUUUUUAAAAGAACCACUGAAAUUCCACAUUUUUGGACGUUAGAAGACGAUGAGGAAUUUCUUUGUUCCCUGCCUACCCAGCUGUCUCUUCAAAAGGACAUUGAAGUGGGUAUUAGGAUCAAAUAGAGUCCCUGGGGCAGCUGUAGCAACCAUGGAAGGAACUUCAAACCAGUUCCACGGACGACCAGGAAUAGAAUCUGGAAGAAUAUUACCUGACAUCAGAAGGGAUAUCACAGUGCCACGUAUUUUAAACUGAUGCCUCCAGAAGAAUGUUUGCAAUCCAUCCCAAAACUUCUUUUGGGGAUGUUUCCAUCUUCUGUUCAGUUUCCUCUUUCUCCUUUAUAGUACACUCACCUCUCCAGGAACCCAAAGUCCCCAUGUCUAAGGGCCUCUCUCUUCAAUCAGCACUCAAGUACACUUCCAUGCUCUGCAGUAUUCUCUUGUCUACACUUUCCUCUCCUUUCUCUCCCAACCCAGCCAUCCAAACUCCCUGGGGCCGCUGUCUUCAUUACCCACCCACCUGAAGACAGCUGAUUCUGAUACUCCGAUGCUGAGUGUUAGAACGGGUGAUGGUUUCAGGAUGAGUUUUGUUCUCCGUUCUUUGUUUUCCCUUACCUUAGAGAGGGAGACCAGCCUUUUGGAUUGACUUUAUGGUAUAAACAGUGACCUAUAUCACCAAGAGAAAAGACUGUUCAGUAGUCCCCUCCACCUUAUUCCCAGGGGAUAUGUUCCAAGACCCCAAUGGAUGCCUGAAGCCACUGAUAGUACUGAGCCCUAUAUAUAUACAUAUCUGUGAUAAAGUUUAAUAUAUAAAUUAGGCACAGUAAGAUAUUUAUAACAAUAAUGAUAAAACAAUGAUAGCAAUGUACUAUAAUAAAAGUUGUGUAAAUGUGGGCUUUCUCUUUCUCAAAGUAUCUUAGUGUGCUAUACUCACCCUUCCUCCUGUGAUGCCGUGAGAUGAUAAAAUGCCUAUGUGAUGAGAUGCAGGCAUUGGACCUGGUGUUAGGCUACUAUGGGUCUCUGACCAGAGCUCAAAAGAGGUAUCAUCUGCUUCCGGACUGAGGUUGACUGAUGAAAGCAAAACCACAGGUGGGGAGAGACCACUGUAUUCAGUAAGAACUCCAUCCUGAAGAAUGGGAGAAUCGAAAAAAUGCCGUUCAUGAGAAUUAGAGCCACAUAGAUACAUUUUCGAAUAGCCACAUUCAAAAAGUGAAAAGG